UCUCUCUCUCCCAUGAAGCUGUGCGGCAUGAGGGCUUCGUGUGCGCGCGCUGUCUGUGGUGCUGAAGCUGCGCGUGCCGUCCACAAGAAGAGCAUCCUUCCGCGAGACCACGGAGCGGAAUUCUGUUUUCGACCGUUGUAGCCUAACGUUCGGGGGGAUCUCUGGAUGUUUUCCCCCGACUUCUUUUUAGCUCGUUUCCGCGUCUUUAAAGCAUUUUAAGUGACAAUCCACAGACGCAUCUGACCAUUUUCCUCUCGUUUCUUUUGUUUGUUUGUUUUUUUCGGAGGUUUUUUUGUUUUUUUUUAUCGACGCUUCCCGUCAGUUGAGUGCCGCCUGCCUGCCCCGCCGAUACCGCAUCCUUUAUGCACAGCACGCUGCUCCGAUCCUCCCCGACGAAACACACCGAGCACAAUGGCCCCCUCCAUCUGCCUUCACUGAGGGACAUGGAAGCCAAACAGCACCCGAUAAAAAGCCUAAAGAGCUACCCGGAGACCGGCGGUCGUAGCCUGGCAGCGGUCGCCGUAGGAGGAGGCGGCAGUGGUGGUGGUGGAGGAGGAGGUGGAGGUGGAGGAGGAGGAGACGGCGGGUAUCUGGCCGGUUCGGGCGAAAUGGAGAUGGAGCUGAAGAUCCAGAAAGCCAUCGACUUCAAGGCGGAGGGCCACCGCUGCUACAAGGAGAAGAAAUUCCGGGAGGCGAUAGGCAAGUACCACCGUGCCCUGCUGCAGCUCAAAGGGGUCCACGUCGUGGACGGGACGACGGGCUCCGAAGUGAGCCUGCUGAGUCAAGCCGCGGCCAAGCUGACCGAGGAGCAGCGGAGAGCCGUGGAGAGCACCGAGAUCGAGUGCUACGACAGCCUGACAGCCUGUCUGCUACAAUCCGAGUUGGUAAACUACGAGAGGGUGAAGGAGUACUGCCUGAAGGUGCUGAGCCAUCAGAGGGACCACUUUAAGGCCAUGUACCGGGCCGGCAUCGCCUUCUAUCACCUGGGGGAUUAUGAAUGUGCGUUACGCUACCUGCGCGAUGCCAAGAACCGCGAGCCUACAGACACCAACGUGCUUAGGUACAUCCAGCUGACAGAGAUGAAGAUGAGCAAGAGCGGACAGCGAGAACGGGAGAGCGGCAAGGAGACCCAGGGCUAACCUCUCCCACCUCCUGACCCCCUCUGUUCCCUCUGACACCUUCUCGGCGAUCCUGGUCUGACCCCUCCUUCUUUCCUCCUCUUCUGACUCCUGACGGCAGCACAGACAGACAGGCCCAAUCACCCAGCGGGUGACACACAAACGGGGCCACAUAUCAAGCAUCGUCUGCUACCUUCUCCUCUUUCGUCCUUUCGGUUUCUCCCUCAGGGGCUUUGGUUCUCCUCCCUAGACACAAUCAGCAGCCAAACAUGAAGAAAAUCAACUAAAAAAACAACAAAAACAAACAGAACACAAAACUGUAAUAUACUCAUAGAAACCGUCCUUGUGUUGGAGGGAAAGAGGAGCUUCGUAAACCUGUAUAAGAACCAUGGACAUAUGGUCGGUUUAGUCAAUGUUUUAAGAGCAGAACAUGCUUUUACUUCCUGCUUUCUUGUUCUUAUCUCCUUUUUUCUCUCUCGGCCUUCUUUCUCCAAACUCUCUAGGAGAAUUUUGGGAUUGGGAAGCUAGGACCACACUGGCAAGGAGGGCAGGGAGUGUGUGGAUGUGGUUGGAGAGAUGGUUUGAAGCAUAAGGGUUGGGUGUGUGAGACACAUAUCGCGACUGCAGCCCGUUUUGAUUGUACAUCCUAGCUGAACAGGGCGUGAUUCAGGCCCUUGCACAGACUGACAGACCAGCAGGAGAACCUUCGUCCGUAAAAAGAAAAGAAACUGCCUCUGCUCCAGAUUUGUCACGUCUCUGCUCACCCUCUCUGCCGUGCAUCUCAGAUCUUAGACUGUUUUAUUCAAUUUAAGGGCUAAAUCAAGCGUUCGAGACUCUUUAUUGGGUUUUUUUUUUAGUUUGUCGUCACGCUCGGUCGUAUGUGAAGUGUUUGUUUGCAGCAGAGAGGCAAAAACUCUCAAGCGGUUCUAGCUGUAAUCCGGUUCUCUUAUGGAGAAACAAAAAAAAAUAAUAAUAAUACAUAAACGCGUGUCUUGAAUCUGUCGUCCGAAGCCGCUCCCGGAUCGUGUGUCGUGUUCUUGUUGCUGAGGACCCUUCCUCCCACUGACCCCCCCACGCUCAGUUCUCCCGUUAAUGAUGUCAGAACGGAAAAUAGCCAGGGAGCGUAGGAAGUCCAUAAAACUCCAGCUGGCUCCUUGGACUCACUUUUCCCCCAGCGGGUCCGACCUUUUACCGCUAAUGCUGAAACUUCCCGGUCACUGCUGAGACACGGAGGAGACGCUAAGCAGCGUUAGUGCAGGGAAAAAACAAUCUCUCUCUCACGCACAGAUGGGAACAAACCACAGCGGCCGAGGCGCCCGGCGUCCGCGUGCUUUCAAAGCAACAGAGAGCCAUUUGAGAUUUCUCCUGCUUUCGGUUUACUGAUCGACAAACAUGGCUGUAAGGGCACGCAGCAUUAGCAUCAGAUGCUACUGACACCAUAGUUUGUCCAUAUCCAUUUACCGGCUGUCAAAACUCUGCCGCUGCUUCUGUUGUGAUUCGUGAAGACGCAGAUCCCCUUGUUUGUUUUUUUGAUGAAGGCUUUUCUGCAGGUUUAAAUCUUUCCGCACUUUUCUGCAUCGAUCUCGGGUGAAAGCAUGACCUCAAUUAUCCUCGCCUCCGAUCCAACGAAGCCCAGCUUUUCCUUAUUCCUUUUAGUGCAAGCCCACGUUCCGCAUGUAAAGCGUGGCUCCCGAGGGCGAUUUCAGAAGUUUUUGAUCGGGAACUUAUUGGCUCCAUCGCUUUCCGUCAUGGCAUGCCGCCACUAAAGCGUUUGCUCGUGCAAUCUGUUUAGCUCUUCUCUAAACUUAGGAGGUGGUGACUGUGAUCAGAGCAGCGGAAGAGGUAUAAAAUAUCUCCCUGGAUAGAGCUUGUCUUUGCUCAUUUGCAAAGGUGUGGGAUGAUCCCUCUGAUUUCAGAAACUCUGAGUUAGAGGAGGAAAUCAGAUGCUGGGAUAGAGUUCCCUCACAGUUUAAUUUAUUUGCCUGGUAAUAGGCAGAAAAAGGACCUAGAGUAAGUGUGUCAGUGGCACUCUGGAGAGACGACACCGUGAGUCGAGGAGACCGGCAUGAUACAUGGAGGCUCUGGGGGAAGGGGAAGUAGGCCAUCAUCAGCUCGAGUUAAGCAGCUGCAGCCCAGCAGGAAGGUUCAAACCAAAUCUAUCAAGCGACACUGCGUGACCAAAAAUAUGUUGAUGUAUGUGGUACGUUCACAAUGCCUACCUGCAGCUACAGCAUCUCCGCCUCCACUGGCCAGCAAACGUCCUGAAGGAGUCUGACUGCUGGAACCCGAUCAUGAUAACCAUCGGUUUCCAGCCAGAACGCCUCGUUCAGAUGUUUAACUACAGGAAAAGCAGAGCUGCUUUUUUUACGACUGUAAACUUUAAUUAUAACGUCAUACUUUUAUGUGAUCGACCGACACAAAGCAGGGUGUUUCUGUGAAGCGGAAAGAAAAGUGUGGGGAGUGCAUAUGUAUUCAGUCCCCCUUAGUCUAUACAUGAAACACCUUCUGCUGAAAUUUGAGCUGCAUAUUUCUCUAUCAGCUGUUCCCACCCAGACACUGGAAGUGUAGCUCAUGAUUCUGUGUAAAACAGCUCCAGCUCAAUCACAGUGAUUGCCUUCAUUUAGCUGCAAGUAGCUCCAUCCGCCUGCAUGACUGGAGAAAAGCAUUCCCACAGCAUGAUGCUGCUUCUGGGUGGUGUGUUCAAGUUGAUGUGCCAUGUUAAGUUUGAAGUUAGACCCAAAAAAUAAACAAAUUAGGUCCCAUCUUACCAGCUAGCAGCUGAGGCAUACUUUGGGUUUCCACAACUCACUGAACAGUACUCGGUGACAUUUGAAAAGUUUUGUUCUCUACCUCUCCAAAUUGUUCUCCCUGACCUGUCUGCUAGGCUUGUCAAAACUAAAUGAUGCUCCUGUAUCCCUUAAAAAAGAAUUGAAACAUUAGCAAAGAAUGUUUGUGCGUUGUUUCACUAUUUCAGUCUGCAUUCACACGGUGGAGCGUUGAGUGGUGCAGCUGGAAGCGUCCAGACGGUGACAGAACCCUGUUAUUGGGCUGUCAAUUAAGCUAAUAGCAGCUAGCGCUAGCUUACAGCUCUGUUUUCCGGCCGGUUUAAAACUUCGCUGAUGCACAUGAGCUUUAUGUUGUUCUCAAACAUCUGUGUCAUACUGUUAGCUUAGCACGUAGCACCGUUACACUCACGGUCUAAUUUCAGCAUAACAGGCCUUUACGCUGAAAUGUGCCCAGAAGAACCAUGCCGGUUGGAGUUGCUAGCUUGUUAUGCUAAUUUACGCCAUUCAACUCCCAGUUGCGUUUAUAUUAUUCACCCUGUUGUGGAUGCAGCUGUGCAAUUAAAUAAGUCAGUUUACCAGAUUAAGUGUCAGUUUUUAGUCUUGAAUUGGGUGAAAUAAAUUUCUAAAUAAACGCCCGCUUAUUUAGAAAUGUUUUUUAUAUGUUUUUUUCCUCUUUAUGACACAUUUUUAGACUGACGCGACUUAUAUUCCAGAGCGACUUAUAGUCCAAAAAUACAGUACAUACUUCUCAAAGCAGGUUGUUGAACUGGAUUCUAAUUAGAGGUAUCACAGAGAAAGGAGACUAAAAACAAACACACGCCACACUAUUUAGAUUUGUAUCUGUUAAUAUGUUGAAAAACACAUAUCAUUUACCCUCCACUUCACAAUUAUCUGCUGCUUUAUGCUGGUCGGUCACAUAAAAUGUCCAUUAAAAACCCGGAAACACACCAUGCAAGCAAGCUCGAUGGUUGUUAUUGCUUUUUCAGGGAUCUGUUGGUUAUAGCUCAAAAAUCCAAUCAGCGGGCUGUUAUGGCGCACUUGACCUCGAUUUAUAGUCUGAUAGGAGCUGCAGAAACCUUUCCCUGCCUGUGCACUCUCUGCUGUGUGUUUACGUCUCCUCAUUUCCCAGAGGAGAUAAAUCAGCAGCCAGGGAGAGGCACCAGCAGGCUGGGUGUCCAUGGCUGCCUGAGCUGAGCCUCCUCACCCACAGGGCCCUUCGGGGAUCGGUGUCCCCCUCACGGGCGUCUCUCCAUGGCACCGGGCUCAUCAUCUUGUUUUUGUCUGGCUGUGCUGAAGUCAUUCCGGCUCGUCCUAUAAGCGAAAGUUUAACUAGCAGCACACUGAGCGGGUUUGUUGAUCACCGACUCUGAGGCUGUUCAUGGUAAUCGAAGCAUAAUUCAACCACGGGCUGCGUGUGAAAACACAGAUUCCUCGUCUCCUUCGUCUGUGUAGCUUUGGAAACAAAAACAAAAAGCACAAGGAAAAAAAAUAGACAAACUAAUUGGCUGUGUUAUUUAUUCAUGUAUUUUAUUUGAUUUAUUUAUUUUUUUAAUGCUCUUUUUACUUUUGAUGUCAUUGAAGGUAAAUGUGUGUCAAAUGUCAAAAGUCGUUUUUGUGAAUAUAUAACACAAAUGUACAAAAAAAAAAUUACAAAAAAUGGAAAGUUUUAUGGUUGUGAAAAGCUUUACUUUAUUGAAUUACUUUAUCAACAGAGAAGAAAAGUAAUAGAUAGAAAAGAGAGUUUUACUAUAGCUCCUCCUCUGAGCUGCAUCGUGACUGUGUCUGUAUUUCUUGGUAUUUCUCUUCCUGUCGAGGGAACCCUAAAAGAGAGACAGAGAGGGGGCAAAGCAGCUGGAAGCCCCGGCUUAAUGAAGAUCUACGGCUAACACAGGACUGGAGGAGACGCGGCGGGCCUCACGCCUUAGUUCAGCCUGUGACUUUUGACGUGAUGGACAAGGAGCUGGUCAGGACAGGGGCUCAGACUGCCCUUCUGUGGCGCCUUCCUCUGCCGGAGGCCAUUUUUCAUUCAACAUUCAAACAUCCGAGAGGCCUCCGUCACGGGUUUUACCAAAACUGCAAGGCCGGGAAUGCACUAAUCAGUGGUCCACGAGGAUUAUCAAUAAAGUUCAAAACAAAGAGGA